CGUACCUCCAUCCCGAACCGUCGAGGUGACGAAACACGUAAACUAUUCCUUUCUACAUCCACCAAUCGCUUGGAAGACGACCCGGAGAUAGUGUUUGGGAAAUAUGGCUAAUGCCUCCGCGAAACGCAUCGCAAACCAGAAUGACGCUGCUGUGAAAUACUUGAGGCUUGGAAUGAUCAUCCCCACCGUUGUUUCUCUCAUCCUGCGGCUGCUUUUCCGUCGGGGCUCUAUUCCACCGUCUAAAGGAUCCCUGUUCCUCUACGUCGUCACCUUCUUUCCCUCAUUCUUCCUCUCAAACUACUUGAUCAAAAUCGGCACUCCAAGACGUGAUCCCACCACGGGGACCCUCGUGUCUUACGGGGAGGAUCUCAAUCAGCCAGGUGUCACAGAGUGGUGCUUUGACAUCCUCUACAUCACCUGGGCCUGUCAAAUUGGUUCGGGUGCCUUUGGUGAAUGGUUCUGGUGGUUAUACUUGAUCAUCCCGCUCUACGCUGUGUUCAAGCUCUGGACAUCGGUCAUCUCACCCAUUUUCUUCGGCCGCUCAGCACCUCCCGUGGAAGAAACCGCAGAAAAGGAAUCCACCAGCAAGCGACAAGAAAAACUGAAGAAGCGGGUCGAACGUGGGGAUCCCCGAAUCCGGGUUCAGAACGGGAAAAAGUAAAACAGUCCACAGUGCUGUAUCAGCUGUCUUGAACUGUGACUUUUCUCGGCGCGUAACCUUCUUUUCCACAUGGGCUACUGGGAGUGAUCGGAUCGCCAUGGCUUCCGAAUCACGAUCACGUGGACGAUCAUAGACAUCCGACAAGUAAGUUUUACAUGAUCCAUGCGGAGCUUCAGCUUUGAGGGCGGGAGUGUCGCCAGAGAUUCAGACCACUGCGAUCGCAAUACAAGCACAAGGCAACGAGUGUCCCAUCGGCUGCUCAUUGAAUUUCCUUGGCUAGCAACGAGUAGCUGACUUCAUCUGACGGCUGCAUUGCUAUUUACACGAUCCUGAGCUCUCGUCAUAGUGAUGGGAGAUGAGGAGAAUGUACGAUAUAUCGACUGUCAGUCGGCCUCACAAGGAUCUGGAUUGUAUAUGCACCGACCGGGACCAAUCUUUGCAACCGAAAUAUCUGUUCAAGUGCUUGUGGCACUCGCAUCAUUCUCAAACUAGUGAUGGUGUUGGCCGCGUUUCUUGGACUCUCAUCUCUGCGUUUGAUGUGGAGGCAAGGCGCCGACUCAGAGGGUUUGAGGUUGAUGGGCGCCGAUCCUGUACAGACUGUUUAUGAUAUACCUUGAGACAACGAUUGUAUGGAAACCAGCACAGGGUAUAGUAGAUUCAAUUCUCGUAGUGGAAGCUCGAAGCUCUUUUGCAACCUGGUACACCGCACCACUCAGACUGGCUUAUUUUCGGUUCUCUGGCACAGCCGCCCGAGUUGGCCGCAUGGCUGUCAACGUCGGAGCGGAUCAUUACACUGCCCCCUCCGAUCAGUAGCAGGCGCUUGUUGUUCGUCACGGUCCACGCAUAACAGAGCCAUCAGAUGGCUUUGUCUCCGUGCAUCCCUUUCAUACAUACGACCAGCUACAGGUCUGCUCAAAACCUCGACCAUCUCCUCCCCUCCUCCCAUCUCAGGGCCCGGAACGUCACCUGUGAACACCGGCCUGGCAUCACGGGUGUCAAACUACAUCAGCCAACACGCGCCGAAGCGGGUCGAUAGCUUUCAAUAGCAUCUGCCCACACUCGCCUUCCUUCCAUGGUCACCUCCCCCCAAAGUGUCGACCUCGGCAAGGAUGCAGCAAGAAGCGGUUCUCCACCUGCACCUGGCGGUGUGCAACCGCUCCCCAAGGGUGCCAUGGCAGCACCGACUCCCGGCCUGUCUUUUGCGGCGGCACCAGAACUCAGGCGCUCCACCCCCACUGCGCCCGUCACUCCCCCGCAGACCCUUCGCAACGGCUUCUGGACGGCGAUGCAGACUCCGGAUGAGAAGACGAGAAACUUGAUUCCGGACGACGAAGAGGUUCUGCCUGCUGGCUGGGUCCCGACUCCACUGCAGAGCUGGUAUGCUAUCACUCUCGUGGUUGUGCUGCUCCUCCUGGCCAUCGUCCUGGAGGUCAUGCUCCAUAUAACGCAACAGAAGAACGGGUGGAAAACGCACGGCAACGCGACUUCGACGACGGGAGUGAUGCACUAUGUCUAUUCUCUGCCCCCGGUCAUUAUAGCUGCGGUCAUCGUCGCCCUAUGGGCUUGGACAGACAUCGAGAUCAAGAAGAUGCAGCCUUACGUAGAUCUCGCUCAUGGUGACGCUCCGCCGCACAAGAGUCUUUUACUGGACUACACGAGAUCAUCCACCUUUUUUGUCUGGUCAUCAGCCAUACGGAACCGACACUGGUGUGUGACGGCGGCGUCCAUCAUGGUCCUCGUGACGCUUACUUUCCAACCCCUGACGUCCGCACUGCUUUCAGUCAAAAACACCUGGGUUCAAUUGCCGGAUGUCACGCUGAACACCAUCUCAACCGUUGGGCUCAAUCAGAGCACUCAGUUCAACGAUCUCACGGGUGAAUAUUGUCCUACCGAUCCUGCGAGGGCUAGACUGAUUGAAACCUCAGUUUUCUUGACCGCUGCUGGUUAUGCCUCAGCAACUGUCGGCUACAAUCUGCAAGAGCCGCCUUUUGUGUUCGGAACCUAUACCGUCACACCUUUCAAUCUCCCGUACGAUAUUGUGACGAACGGCACUGGUAAGCAAAACAACCUAGUCGUCUCCUGCCAAGUUCAAUCUAUCCUAGUAAUUACGAACACGACCGCGAUACGAACCAACACAAACUGUGUCUCUGCUCCCGUGCAGAUGACCAACAACCAAAACGGGACCUGGACCAACACGCUCCAACAUAACGGGUGUUCUCUAGCCUGGACUGUAGACCACCGGGCCAUCACUCUCUUCGGGACAUCGACUCCCGACUGCGGCGACCCGACUCCGCCGCAAUUCCAGCCGGUCAUUUUCUGGUUCUUCACGUACGACCCGUCGCCGAUGUCCUCUGCUACAUUUUGCACGCCAGCGAUCACACUCUGGAACGCGCAGGUCACCGUCGACUUGGGCAGCGGCAACGUCACUUCCGUCGUCGAGAUGAGUCCAUUCACAAACUCCUCGCCGUUCGGAAGUCUGGCGGGGAAUCUGACCGGCGCCCCUCUCAACGGGCGAGCCUACAACGGAAUCAAUUUCACUCUUGCCAAUCCUGAUGGUUUUGUCCUGGACCGUCUGAGUGCCAUCCAGCUGACGAUGCCCGCUGCAGUCUUCCAGGCGGCUGUCAAAUCUUCGGCCGGACUCCAAGGAUCUUUCACUGCGGAUCUCUUCGUCAACUGGUCAAAUGAUGUCUACAACUCGUACCUCACGCUGAUUGCAAAAGCGGUUUAUUUCCUUUCAAAUACCGAGCCGAUUACUAUGCACGUGAAAACUUUCCAGCUACGAUUGUGGAUGAACGCCUUCGCUGUCCACGUUCUGACUGUGCUGCUGAUCCUUCUGGCUAUCGCAGCAGCAUUCAUCCACAUUGUGCAUCGUUGGGAGCGGCAGGAUCUCAAUCUUCUGCAUCAACCGGGCACCAUCGCCUCGGCGGUGUCCAUUGGCGCCGACACGGGCAUGGGCCAGCUUCUUGCCCAACACCGGCACGCAGAGGAUAUCCAGCAGGUGUUGCGGGACAAACGGUUCCGCAUUGAUCCAUUUAGCAAUAAGAUUGUCAUGGAUGGCGAGGAAGGAUACGAAGUCGUUGGGAGCCCGGUCGACAGACGUCUCAGUGUGUUUGCUGCUAUGCAAGGGCGUCGCGCAAGUCGUCGAUUCUCGCGAAUGCCCGUCUCUCCCUCGCGGACACCACCCCGAUCUCCGAUGGCCAAUCUUGCAGUCUGAAUGAACUCUAUUUUUACUUCGCACGUCUGUACUUGGGCUGAGAUUUGUAUUUUUGCUUUCGACACCGUUUACAAAUUUGCAUUCAUCAUUUCAAAUUAUUGUGCCGCGACGCGACGCGCCAGAUCAUGCUUCCUUGCACCUGCGGCCCAAACCUUUUACCCAAAACAGUCACCCUCGGAUGAGCCAGGAAUGAGCAGCAGUGAGGCACAAGGGCCGGAGAAGACGAGGUACAACCUCACGAUCCCCAAACGGGCAUACGUGGUCCCGAUGGGCGCUGCCUUGAUUGGGGUCAUCAUCGGUUUGAAUCGAGGCGGACGUUUGGCUUCGAUGAGAUUCUUGGCCGAAAACGCGCACCGAACUCCGACAACGCAAAAGGGGUGGUAUUACUACCACAAAACCAAGAACUACCGCGUCAUUCUGGGGGGCUUGAAAGGUGCAGCCAGGGACGGAGCGUACGUCGGGGCCGUGACGGGCGGCUGGGUGGGUCUGGAGGAAGCCUUUCGGGCCAUGGGAUGGGGGGAAGUUGCCAUGAGUGGAGCCGGUGUCGGGACUGCCGGAAUGUUCUCUGGGUUGUACCGGCUGCCAUGGAAGACUGCGCGGCAAACGCUAUUGUUGGGGCUUGUCGGAGGUGUUAGCAUGGAUAUCUUGAGAUAUGUUAUAGAUACGGAGUCGACGCCGUCUUGAUUGUUCUUCCCUGAAUUUUACCCCCCCACCGUCUACCCGCCCCCUUGUGUCAGUGUUCCGUGGGUAGUGAAAAGUGGAGAGGAUCUGAUUCGUGAUUACGAGUUGUGGAGCAAGAUGAGCCACUGUUAUCCUCUCUCUCCCAGACACCAUCCCUGGCCUUUCGCGCUAUCUUGGCCGUCUGCCUUAGCCUCCGCGAAAAUGAUCAAGCUAUGGCCCUCUUCACCGGCCGACCCGCAACUAACGCCCCGUGCGUCACUUAUCCCAGAAAGGAAUCCAUUCGAAGAAUCUCUCUCCCACCCUCCACCACCACCGAAAUCUCCCACUUCCUACCACCACCAGCUCUUGACUCCUACCUCAGAGCAGAUUACUCCCCUGGCUUCCCCAGCCCCAGCUUUCGCUGCUGCGGCAUUACCCACGACCUCGCUCUCUCUCCAUGCGCCAGAAUUCAACAUGCAGACACCACCGAAACGAUUCCAUUCCUCUUCAAACAAGUCCGCAGCGUCACAGACACCGGCCUCCUCGUCGUCCAACGGCUCUUCAGCCACGUCUAAAGGCAAAUCCGCAUAAAACUCAUCCAAGCGCGAGGCCUGCAUGUGCGACCGAACGCAUGUCCGUAUGUCGUCGUCGAGUUUGAGCAGAACGAGUUCGUCAGUCGAGAUCCGAUUGAGGAGACGGAAAAGGAGGUGAAAGGCACCCCGACCUCCCUCAGCACAGUCUCCAGCGCCGUGUCAUCGUUGAACACCAUCAACUCUAAGGCUGCCGCUGCUGAGGCCAGGAGUCGGAGAGGGAGUAAGAGCAGCAACAAGAGCACCAACUCGUCGCCGUCGUCGUCCGUGCCGAAACCUGCCGCGCUGAGCAACGGGCUUGCGUAUGCAAACGGGCACAGCACUUCACACACCAAUGGCACCACCGGAGGCCUAUUCGGCCGGAUCUCAGCCAACAAUCCAGUGUGGAAGCACGAAGUAUCCUUUGAUGUUACGUCUGGAGCCUCGCUUAUUUCGUUCAACGUCUACGACCGGGGUGCGGUCGAGCACGGGUUCUUGGGCACGGUGCAAAUCAAGCCGGUGCUGAUACACGAUCACAGUGUCGACCAAUGGUACAAAUUGGAGCCCUUCGAAAACGAGGUCGUAAGCGGGGAGAUGCGUGUCCAAGUAACAUUUGAGCAGAACAAGACUAAGCGGACAUUGACACCGCGAGACUUUGAGUUCCUCAAGCUCAUUGGACGGGGGACAUUCGGCAAAGUGUUUCAAGUCCGCAAGCGAGACACGAAGCGGAUAUACGCGAUGAAGGUGUUGUCUAAGCGGGAGAUCAUCGCCAAGAAAGAGGUCGCACACACAAUAGGAGAGCGGAAGAUUCUACAACGCUCCCUGGAGUCUCCAUUCCUCGUUGGUCUCAAGUUCAGUUUCCAGACUGACACCGAUCUUUACCUCGUGACGGACUUUAAGAGUGGUGGAGAGCUGUUCUGGCAUCUGCAGCGGGAAACGCGAUUUAACGAGGAGCGCGCUCGGUUCUAUAUCGCCGAGCUCAUUUUGGCGCUCGAGCAUCUGCACAAGUACAACAUCAUUUACCGUGAUCUCAAGCCUGAGAACAUUCUUCUAGAUGCGACUGGACAUGUCGCCUUGUGCGACUUCGGUCUUUCGAAGCCGGAUCUCCGCCCCGAUGAGCUAACAACCACGUUCUGCGGAACAACGGAGUACUUAGCUCCCGAGAUGCUAUUGGACGAGCAGGGCUACUCGAAAGUGGUCGACUUCUGGUCUCUGGGCGUGUUGCUGUUCGAGAUGUGCUGCGGAUGGAGUCCGUUCUACGCGGAGGACACCCAACAAAUGUACAAAAACAUUUGCUUUGGGAAGAUCCGCUUUCCCAAGGUGCGAUUAAUGAGGACGGCAAACAGUUCGUCAAAGGGCUUCUGAUCGCAAUCCCAAGAACCGUCUCGGGGCUGUCCGAGACACUGCCGAGCUGAAAGAGCAUCCGUUCUUCUCCUCGAUCGACUGGGAUGCAUUAGCGAGGAAGCAGGUGCCGCCCCGUUCAACCUGUCGUCGAGUCGGAUGAAUCGACAGCCAACUUUGACGAAACGUUCACGUCCGCAGACCUGCAUGAUGUGGGGGUUGACAUCGACAUCGACGAAGCCGACCCGUCGGAAGACUGGGUGCUUGCAGGCUCUCUGACGCAGCACCAGUUCAACGGCCCACUC